GGAAAUUUUCUCAAUUUUAUGUACAUAUCUAACCAAAAGAUUUGAUGUAGACGCGUUCGGUAACGUUGGACUGUCUCGAAGAAGGUAUUCCGUGGGCUGAGGGUAAGAAUCGUUUCCUCUUUCUGGAUGGUUUCACUGGGUCAUAUCUCGACCGAGGCAGUUCUCUCUCGAAAUCCAGAAAAAUUCCGUGCCUUUCGUCAAAGAAGGGAACGAGCGUGUACACACGGACCAGAAAGAAAGACCGACGAGCCUUGCUUGCCCUCGUCCACGGGGAAAUUGCGCGAACGAUAAAUCUCGUCGUCGAUCGUGAACAGACAGAGAGAAAGCACGACGAGCAGCCGUGGAACGAGCGUAAAAUGCAUUCAGCGAUUCGCAAACAAAUGUCGUGACGAAGAAUUUCGCUAUACCGUGAAAACGAGGAUCUGCGAACGAUACUUGUUAUACCACGACGCUUUAAUUCUGAAGGAAACGUAAAUUCCAUUUCAAAAAUAACACAAAUGUUAUUUAAAUAAUACACCGAACAUCCGUUUAGUGAAAUAAAAAUGCAAUAUUUUAAAAUUUUUAAUAAAGGCAAAAAAUUGCAGAUGGAAAAUCUAAAUACAUUUUCCAAGCUAUGACAGGAAGUUAUAAGACAUUAAAGAAGUUAAUAUUCUUGUAAAGAAACGUGAACGAACUUAUUAUUCGAGGUAAUAGUUUUUGUUCUUAUAAUCCCGUUGUACUAAGAAAGUUCGCGGAGGUCGACGAAAACGGAAGGUAAACGUGAUCGAGGAUGAUUUACGCGGACGAUUAACGAGGGAAAAUUUUCGAAACGCGUGUACGGGGGAGGAUCACAAUGAACAAAAUUAUGGGGCCGGUGAACGGGACCUGGCUCGCCCUUACGGACAUUUCAAUAACUCGGAAUCCAAUAUCCCAACUGCAAGGAACGAAGAAAAAAGCCUCGUAACGGACUUAUUCGGAUUCUUCGCCAAGGAAUAAUCAGCGAAGAAUUUUCCACGUUUCUUGGUCGAACUGCUCGUCCCUCGUGAUUAUUUCUUUUAAAUAUUUCAAUCUUUCGGAAUUCGAUAUUUCAGUUAUAGAAUCGUGAGCUUAUUCCUUUCUUUCUAUUUCUGCUUUGACACUCCAUUCUCAUCGAGGAAAGAGAAAGUAAAUCGAUUUCUUAGCUAGAACGAAAUUGAUUAAGAUCUGUUAUUAAGAUUUCAUUGAUAAUGACGUAAACGAGUUGAUUCAUUUGCACUGAGUCUUUUCAUAAAUAAUUUUGACCCACUAAAUAGUGGGUAAAUGAGUAAACGCCUACUUGAUAAAUAAUAAUUCAUCUUAUGCCCAGAAUCACAUCAAGAAUACCCAAACCCCCAAACAAUUAAUUUUCUAGAAUCUCCGCAAUCCACGCCUCUCAAUCUCGACAUCCUUUCCCCAUGAACCCAGAAAGACCCGUUUUCCCCCAAGCCGAGAAAGACAGUGAACAGAAAUCGUUUCGACUAUUCAUCCUGCUCUUAAGAACGUCAAAGUCGUCGGGUAGGGUCCUUUUUCAACGUGAUCCUCAAGUUCGAGCCGAGGGAUGGUGGCCUUAAACCGGAACAGGCGACGUCGGUCGCCGGUGUAUCUCGGUCAAGCCGCAGAAAUCUGAAAUUAUCGAGGGUAGAUUGGUAAGAAGAGGAGGGGAUUGUAGGGGCGGGUGUUGCGGCCGAGGUAAGACAGGGGCGGCGGUCUGGAUCGUAGAGGUGGCGAGAAAAAGACAGGGACUGAGAGCUGACUGAGAGGGUGAGGCUGAGACUGAGUGCAACCGUGGGAACGGACGGGGGUGAAGAAGGGUGGUAUUUGGUUCGGUGGUGUCGAAGGGGAACAAGGGGCGUGCGUGCAUUAUGGGGAAAGGUUGGAGGGCGCAGUCUCGGCUCGCGCGCCGGGCAUUCGCGUUCGCGGGCCGCGUGUUCGUUGCUCAGUUUCGGUCCAGGUGCAACUGCACGCGCUUCCUCGUGCUUCCGGCUUCAAUCGCGUGAAAACAGAGUUCCGUCACCGACAGGGAUUACCAGUUUGUUUGUUUCGGUUCCUUUUUUUUUUUUUUAACGAAGAGGAAACCAUACGUAGAUCGUGGAUCGAAGAUCGCGUUUGGUUGCUUUCUCUUUGAGAAGAAUCUCUUUCUGGUCCGCGCACGCGAUGGGAUACGAUUAACGAGGAUCCAGGGAAGAUCAAUGCUGGUGCAUUAACGAAUUAGUUGACGCGUGUUGCGCGUCUUUUCUUCUAAAAUCUGCCUCUCCUUUGAGAGCGUAUUCGCGCGCGGAAAUAAUUGCGCGUCGGCUCUGAUUCGACGGUCGCGCGAUCGUUUGAGGACCAGUCUCGUUAAAACUUCUGUACACGACGCACGCGUCGUCUCGGUGAUCAGCGGCGACUCGCGAUUUCGGCUCGUCACGAUUCGCGCUCGUUCGUGAACACGGACGAAGGAAAGGCACACGAUAAUUAACCGGUCCAAUUAACCCGACCGUUUACGCGAAGUGGCGAGAAAUUAAUUGUUCAAAGAACCGUCGGGGUCAGUGACGUAUUUACCGGGCGUUCCUUGAAAGAAUUCCUUGUGUCGUUCUCACGUUUCUACCGGUUCAUCCUGAAGUGGAAUAAAUAAAAAGAGCGUUCAUAAAACGUAUGUUAGUGUCUCUUCGAGUGUGUUCUUCGUCGCGAAUCGUCUUGGUGUACAUCCUCGGGAAUUUCGCGAAACGCGAAUCGUAAAAUACAAUUAAGCCGCGAAUGGCCGUUAGUGAACACGAUACAGCUAAAGUGAUGACGAUGUUGCUGUUCACGGUUUGGUGGAUGGUCUACGCAUCCCCUGUGAUUCUUGCUGUGCAACGGGCAAAGGAGCUGGGCGAUGGAAAAGCGUCACUAUGCGACAUGGUCUUCAACAGUGACUCGACGAAAACGGGAGUAGUCACGUCGCCAGGAUAUCCGAAUCCUUAUCCACCGAGGACACACUGUACAUACGAUUUCCAAGGACGAGGCAAAGAACGGGUCCAAGUGGUGUUUCAGGAUUUGAACUUGUACCAUUCCCCAGACGGGACGAACGAGUGCGAAGGCGUGGAUUCGUUAGUGGCGUACGUGCACAUAGAUAGGAAAAAAGAGAAAAUAGAUGCUUUCUGCGGCGAGAAACCGUCACGGCCUAUCAUGAGUAACGGACCACGGCUUUCCUUGGAAUUUCACGGCAGCACGUCGUCCCGCCACUCCAGAGGUUUCAAGGCGGUGUACUCUUUCACAGAAAACUUCGGCAUAACGACGGGCCGACAAGAGGCGCAAUAUCCCUGUGCCUUUGUUUACAACAGCAACGAGACACGAAAUGGUACAUUCGCGUCACCAAAUUAUCCAGGAUUGUAUCCACGAAACACGGAAUGUCAUUAUUUCUUCAAUGGUCAACUCAACGAGAGAGUGCAUCUUCAUUUUCAUUUCUUCGAUGUGGAGGGAGUGAUGCCGUGCGACUCGAUAUCCGCGAGCGACUUCGUCGAAUUUUCGAACUACAUGUCCAGGGACCGGAAGUACUCGAGGCACUGUGGCCAGCAGGCGGAGUUUGACGUGGACAGUGACAGAAAGUUCUUUCGCGUAACCUUUAAGAGCAACGACAGAUACGAUGCGACAGGAUUUAACGCUAGCUACGUGUUCGUGGACGAGGAAGGAAAUUAUACAACAAAGCCACCGACGAGCAACGCGUCAACGUUAAAAGGUACAACGUUGCUGGUCAUGUUGCUGUUCAUAAGACCCCUACUCUUUGGCCGAGUUUUCUUUAAUCACGAUCAGUAACUACUUGUACGAGUCUUGGCUCAAUUUACAACGAACUGUAACUUCGAGGACAGGAGCCAUCCACGAUCCUCCAUUAUUCGACGUACCAAGGAAAGUGGCUAUAUCAUUUGCGUCAAUGAAAUUGCCAAAGGGAUACCAAAGUCGAUCUCCCU